GACCUGCCCACACUUUAUCUCACUCUCAUGACCAACUACUGACAAGGAGCCAAAGAGACUCUGGGCUCAAGAUUGGGCAAUGAUCGCUGCAGUGUACCAUCUAAAUAGUGUGUGACUGCUGCAACAGUGAACUAAUCAAAAACUAUAUAGCAUCAUGGAAGGCAGACAUCCCUGGGAAAGUUUCUUAUGUCAAGCACCUUUUGAGUUGUUCUCAGUUUCCAGAAUGUAGUAGAGAUGUCAUUCUUAUGUUGGAGAAAUAUUUCCAAGCUUAUGCACCAGACACACCUCCAAACCCAGGACUUUAUCUCUCGGCAUUUCUUGAUGAUGUUGUUGACUUAUACAUAUUUCACAGCAAAGGUUCUGGCUCAAAACCUUUGUCUGCCAUUCAGGAACUUCAGCUCCUAGAAGUUACAUGUUCCUGCUUUCAAGACCAACCAUCUGAUAUUGUAAGAUGCGGAGUGUUUUAUUUGUUGUUUGGAAUAUCAAGUCAAGAUAUCAAAGAUGGAAAGGUUGAAAGGAAAGUUGAAAUUCUUACAAAGCUAAUCUCUAUGGCUGUGGCAUUGCAAUGCAACCUUUUGUUAGAAUCAAUGGCCAUAUGGAUGCAGAGACAUCACCACCUGCCUAGUCUAGUGUUAAAAGUGACAUCAUCUAUUGUAGAAGACUACACAUGUCUUGUGCCAGCUUCACUGCCAUUCCUUCAGACCCUUGCAUGUCACUCCCCACAGAUGGCCUGUCAGUUGAUGAUUGCGCUAAUUAGUUUGUAUCCUGUUGUUAGUUCAGAUAAUAAGCAAGGUGAAAGCUUAUCAGUUGGGUCAUCAAAUCGACCUCCCUUGGCUCUCCUUAGAGUUGUAGCAUCUUGGGUCAGUGAAAACCCUGAACUUUGUAUUAUGACUUGUCCUUCCAAUCUCCUAACAGUUGGAAGUUUGCGAGGAUCAGUAGCUCCCCCAGAGUCUACUUCUCUCCCCAUAGGUCCUGUGUUAGGCUUACUGCGUUGGGUAGUAUUGAUGCCAUUACAUUUAAAUGGCUUCACAAGCAACCUACAUGUGUAUAAGGAUUCUAGAGUGUUAUGCUCUCAGCUUCACCUAGCUAUAAUUCAAGCUUUUCUACUGGCUGGUAAAGAUAAAGAAGAUCCACAAGAUGAAAUGGAACUGGAACCUGGAGAAGUUAUGGAUGAGUCAGAUAGUCAGCAUCUUAUCAAAGGAACAGAUCUGAAAGAACUCUCUCAAGACAUGAAAAAACUCAUAGACAAGUUAGCAACUGUAGAAUUUAGUCACAGCAUCAUUGCACAACAAGUCCAGUUGUCGAUGGAUAGAUUUGCUCAAAUUUUACAAGUUGCUAUGGCAACAGGAUGCCUUUCUGCUGCCAAAGAUGAACUGCAAUCUGUGCGCGAACGUCUUCCAUCCAACAGGUUGCUUUCCACGGUAAUACAGAACCUGGAUAACAGUCCUUAAAGAUUUUGGAAUCAAAAAGAGCAUGUGCUGUGGGCUCAAGAUGUUUUAAACUUGUUAGACUUGAGUGGUGGCUGUGGGAAUUUGUUAGGCAUUGAGCUGUACUUUGAGAAUAUGGUUUUACUAUGUAUUCAGAUCAAGCAUGAGUCAGGAACCGAGAGAAUAAAAACAUUUCUGUUAAAACCUACUAGUUAUAUACAUAAUACAAACUGAUAUACAAACAUUUCAAAACUGUGGCAACAAAUUUGCUCGGAGACCUUUAUUACAUAGAUAUCAUUUUUUAUCCAGGUUAUUUGUCCUCCCGGGUUCCAUAUGAUCAUAACGGAAUUCGGAGUGUCACACCCCAUCUCUGACUUAAUAUUGUUGCUUCAAAUAAAGUUUCCUGCGGAGGAGGAGUCCGGGAUCAUUUCACAUUAUUAACAGUCAUUUCAUAUCUUUCGCCGUCAUUACAAAUCUAUCACCGUCAUUCACCGUCACUCGACUUCAAUUACCGUCAUUUGAUCUAAUUCAUCGUCCACAUCAUUCACCUUC